AGAGUGAACAAGUGUCGUGGUGGUAGUAAUAUUAGAAGGAGGAGGCGGUGAUGGAGGAGGAGGAGAGAUCAGAAGAAGAAGAAGAAGAAGAGGAGGAGGAGGAGGCAGAGGGAAGGAGGGGCGUAGGCAAGAGUCCGGGGCACGCCUCAGAAUACCACUGCCACGCAUUCAUCCCUCUAAAGGCAGCAGACGCAACAGAGAGAGAUGAAGCUCCUUACGCUGGACGUGUGGGCUGACAUCGCCUUCUACGGGGGGGUCAGCGCUGCCCUCUCCUCCGCCUUCUCCCUCGCUGGUCUCCUUCCAUGCCUCGCCCUUUUCAUCUCUCUCUGGGCCGUCUGCAUCGCCACCUGUCUCGUUCGGGCUUCUCUACAGGUGUCGGUCGCUGGCAAGGCUGUGCUCAUCACCGGCUGCGACACUGGCUUUGGCUUCGCCCUCGCCCAGCACCUCGACGCCUUGGGCUUCCGCGUCAUCGCUUGCUGCCUCGCGCGGGACGGUGAAGGGGCCAAGAAGUUGCGAGCCUCCGCCUCCUCUCGCCUGCAUAUCCUCCAGCUGGACGUGACCUCCGCCGAUGAUGUGCUGCGGACCCAACAGGAGGUGGAGGCGCUGCUGCCCGACGGAGAGGUGCUGUGGGGCGUGGUCAACAACGCGGGUGUGUCCACGUUCGGCGAGGUGGAGUGGGCGCCGGAGAACACCUUCAGGAAGAUGCUGGAGGUGAACGUCCUGGGCACCGUGGCCGUCACCAGAGCCUUCCUGCCGCUGAUACGACGGGCUAAAGGGCGGGUCAUCAACGUCGCCAGCAUGUACGGCAGGAUGGGCAACGUCAUGCGGGCGCCCUACGUAGUCACCAAGUACGCCGUGGAGGGCCUCUCGGACUGCCUCAGGCAUGAGAUGAGGAGCUGGGGCGUGGCUGUCAGCGUCAUCGAACCUGGGAACUUUGUGGCAGCCACUAACAUUUUCACCGACGACGCCGUGAGAGCGCAGGGCGAGGCCAUGUGGAACGCUCUAAGUCAGCGCGCGAGGAGCGACUACACGAGAGAGUACUUCGAGGCCACCGUGGAAAGGAUGCUCUACUACACCAACGUUGGGAUCCCUGACAUAACCCCGGUGAUUGAGGCCAUGACCGCGGCCCUCACCCAGGCGUCCCCCAGGGCUCGCUACUCCCCCAUGGACCUUGCCACGCGCAUCAGGAUCUUCGUGGCGACGCACCUCCCGGAGUACUUCUACGAUACCUUCUACGCGAUGACGUUUCCUGACCACCCUGGGGCAGCCAAGCCAGAACCAGCACCUGCUCCUUCACCAGAACCAGAACCAGAACAAGAAACAGAACCAGAAUCCUCCUCCUCCUGAGUCUACGGUCCUUAUUGCCAAACACUUCAGCCUCCCACGUCAACUAUUUCCAGAGGCCGAAAAGGAGAUCAGUCAGGUUCUAGUGAGUGUUUUUUUUAGGUUAGUGACGCAGAGGAAGGGUUAGCCUACCACCAGGGUCAUAAAACUACCCCUGGAAAUGCCCAAAACUCCUCCUAUACGAAUGCCCUGUCAAAUGUGUGUGUGUGCUUGGCGGUAUGUCUAUUGUUGCCGUGCAGGUGUUGGCGGGUCUUGUGUGAGGAGGAUCAGCGCAGUCUUGUACAAAGGCAGAGAGUCUUACCAGCUUUAAUAGAGAUACUUUAGGUCA